GGGCGGGACAGGGCGGUCCGUGCAGGAGGAAGCGCUGCCGGCGGCAGAAGCGGUCCCGGAGCGACCGGAGCCGCGCGGUCGGAGUUGGGCAAUGCCAGCUGGGCCUCGCGUGCUGACAGCAAGCAGGGACAUGGAUCGUGGCAUCAGCCUGGAGAACCCUUAUGCCAGCGUCAACAUCCCACGGGCACAGUUCCAGCAAAGCUUCAUCACUCACUACCUGAAGGAUGAGCCCACCGUCAUCGCCAACCCUGCAGCUGUGCCCACCUACACGGAGGAGCAGGAAGACCCUGCUGGCAGCUGGAACAGACCAGCUAUUUCCACGGAGAAGUCCUGGUCCCGCCCCUACAACCCCUACGCCAGCCUGAGGAUGCCCAACAGGGAAUUGUCCAACUCCUUCUACACUGUCACCCUGGACAAGCCACCCAAGAGCCAGGAGCUGGAGGCCAGUGGGGGAUGCGGGUGCUGCAAGUGCUGCUCCCACUGCAGAAAGUGCUGCUGUGUUGUCUCCUAAGGGCCCUUGUGGGACGUGCUGACCAUGGGAUGGGGACAUGGCACCCGGCCGAGCUGGCAGCUGGGAGGUGGCACUGGCUGGACUCUGCCAUUGCUUUCCACCGUGAGCUCUGCAGCCAUAUACGCCAGUGAUGGGCACCCGCCACGUCCGGAGAGCCCAGUGUGGGGUGUGGGAGAAGGGCAUGUCCCUCCUGCCCCACUGAGGCUCGGGAGCCUUGAGGAUGGUGUAUGCCUGUUCAGAUGCCACUGAGAAGAGCCUGCACUGGGGUUGGGGCAGCACUUCGAGCCUGUGAGCCCAUGCACUGACUCUGCCCUUGCUGGGGAACCUCUGGCUGCGGGGACAGUGCAAGCACUGCUGGCUUGCCAGAGGGUGGGUUUGGGUGAUGGCAGCCCUGUGUGUGUGGCAGAGGAGGGCAUCGUCAUGGUCAUCCUCCUGGAGGGGAGCCAGGGACAUGUUCCCAUCUAGGAUUGGGACCCACAUCCCCAGAACUGAGUUAUCCGCCACCCACAGCACCAUGGGAUGGGACAGCCGCCGCACCAAGCUCCGGCUGGGUACCGCUCCCCCCUGGUACACUGCCUGUGGGACAGAGGGAAGGAGAUGGGAAGGAUGGACAAACAAAGCAUGGCAGGGUGCUGGGCAGCGCCCCAUGGCACAGCAUGGCUGUGGGUGUUAACAUCCCAGUGCCAGAACACCCCUGGCCCCUUUUGGUUCCUCCUGCCAGGCUUGUUGAGUGCUGGGCACACCCUAUCCUGGGUGAGCAUCCCGGCCUGAGCUCCACACUGCGUUGGGUCUAGGUCCAGAGAGCACUGGGGCACCCCACUUGGGAUGGAGAUCCUUAUCAUUGGCCUUCUGGGACUCCCUGGGCAUGGAGAAUGGUGGGUGAGGAGCCUGCUGGGCUCUUGCAGUGCUGCCGGGGUGGGGGGGACUCUGGGCUGGGUUUUGGGCUGAGGCUGGCGCCACUGUCCUGGAACAAGCUGGCCCUUGUGUUGGCUGAGAAGCUGCUGCAGGAUCUGCCUGGUCUGCAGGGCUUGGAAAAAGUGCGUGUGUUAGUGGAUGACUUCAAGGUGCUACAAAUAAAAUCACAGCCGUCUUCUCCCCUG